UUCGGGGUGGCGCUGGCGGCGGGAGGAGCUCCCCCGAGCCCCUGCGCCGGCUGCCCGUUGCUAGCUAUGGCAAAUGGUGGCGGCGGCGGCGGCGGCGGCGGAGGCAGCAGUCUUAGAAUGAGUAGCAAUAUCCACGCGAACCAUCUAAGCCUAGACGCGUCCUCCUCCUCUUCUUCUUCCUCCUCCUCUUCCUCCUCGUCCUCGGUCCACGAGCCCAAGAUGGAUGCGCUCAUCAUCCCGGUGACCAUGGAGGUGCCGUGCGACAGCCGGGGCCAGCGCAUGUGGUGGGCUUUCCUGGCCUCCUCCAUGGUGACUUUUUUCGGGGGCCUCUUCAUCAUCUUGCUCUGGCGGACGCUCAAGUACCUGUGGACCGUUUGCUGCCACUGCGGGGGCAAGACGAAGGAGGCCCAGAAGAUUAACAAUGGCUCAAGCCAGGCUGAUGGCACUCUCAAGCCCGUGGAUGAAAAAGAGGAGACGGUGGCGGCCGAGGUCGGCUGGAUGACCUCCGUAAAAGACUGGGCGGGGGUGAUGAUAUCAGCCCAGACGCUGACUGGCAGAGUCCUGGUUGUCUUAGUUUUUGCCCUCAGCAUUGGUGCACUUGUAAUAUACUUCAUAGAUUCGUCAAACCCAAUAGAAUCCUGCCAGAAUUUCUACAAAGAUUUCACAUUACAGAUCGACAUGGCUUUCAACGUGUUCUUCCUUCUCUACUUUGGCUUGCGGUUUAUUGCAGCCAACGAUAAGCUGUGGUUCUGGUUGGAAGUGAACUCUGUAGUGGAUUUCUUCACGGUGCCCCCGGUGUUCGUGUCUGUGUACUUAAACAGAAGCUGGCUUGGUUUGAGAUUUUUAAGAGCUCUCAGACUGAUACAGUUUUCAGAAAUCUUGCAGUUUCUGAAUAUCCUGAAAACAAGUAAUUCCAUCAAGCUGGUGAAUCUGCUGUCCAUAUUUAUCAGCACGUGGCUAACAGCAGCCGGGUUCAUCCAUUUGGUGGAGAAUUCAGGGGACCCAUGGGAAAACUUCCAAAACAACCAGGCUCUUACAUACUGGGAGUGUGUCUAUUUACUGAUGGUGACCAUGUCCACCGUCGGCUACGGCGAUGUUUAUGCAAAAACCACACUUGGCCGCCUCUUCAUGGUCUUCUUCAUCCUCGGGGGACUGGCCAUGUUUGCCAGCUACGUCCCUGAAAUCAUAGAGUUAAUAGGAAACCGCAAGAAAUACGGGGGCUCCUAUAGUGCGGUUAGUGGAAGAAAGCACAUUGUGGUCUGUGGACACAUCACUCUGGAGAGUGUUUCCAACUUCCUGAAGGACUUUCUGCACAAGGACCGGGACGAUGUCAACGUGGAGAUUGUCUUUCUUCACAACAUUUCCCCUAACCUGGAGCUUGAAGCUCUGUUCAAACGGCAUUUUACUCAGGUGGAAUUUUAUCAGGGCUCAGUCCUCAAUCCACAUGAUCUUGCGAGAGUCAAGAUAGAGUCAGCAGAUGCGUGCCUGAUCCUUGCCAAUAAGUACUGCGCUGACCCGGAUGCUGAAGAUGCUUCCAACAUCAUGAGAGUCAUCUCCAUAAAGAACUACCAUCCGAAGAUCAGAAUCAUCACCCAGAUGCUGCAGUAUCACAACAAGGCCCAUCUGCUGAAUAUCCCGAGCUGGAAUUGGAAAGAGGGGGAUGAUGCGAUCUGCCUUGCAGAGCUGAAGCUGGGUUUCAUAGCCCAGAGCUGCCUGGCUCAAGGCCUCUCCACGAUGCUGGCCAACCUCUUCUCCAUGAGGUCAUUCAUAAAGAUUGAGGAAGACACGUGGCAGAAAUAUUACUUGGAAGGAGUCUCCAAUGAAAUGUACACAGAAUAUCUCUCCAGUGCCUUCGUGGGUCUGUCCUUCCCUACCGUUUGUGAGCUGUGUUUUGUGAAGCUCAAGCUCCUAAUGAUAGCCAUUGAGUACAAGUCUGCCAACCGAGAGAGCCGUAUAUUAAUUAAUCCUGGAAACCACCUUAAGAUCCAAGAAGGUACUUUAGGAUUUUUCAUCGCAAGUGAUGCCAAAGAAGUUAAAAGGGCGUUUUUUUACUGCAAGGCCUGUCACGAUGACAUCACAGAUCCCAAAAGAAUAAAAAAAUGCGGCUGCAAACGUCCUCUGCAUCAAAGAAGAAAGUAAAAUUCAGCUGUCUGACCAAGGAGCAAGCUCUUACACCCUACUACUUGCCCAUGUUCUUUUCCGUGUAACAAACCUGAUCUAAUUUAUAUUUUUCCCCCAGCCUCCAUAAGUUUGCCAAAGGGUAGACCCCUAGGGGACAAGUCAUGUCUAAAUUAAUGUGUUUGAAGGGAUUUUCUUUAACUUCUAAUCAUUGACAUAUUCUUGAUUUAUUUUUUCUCUUUGCUGCCUUGGAAUACGGCCCCCACUCUAUUUUAACUGCACACUGGUAGUGAUAUAUUGUGAGUAAAAUGGGUUGCCAGCAGCCCGAAGUCCAGUUCUCCCUGUCUUUCUCUAGAAGAGAUACUCCUUUUAUUUUCCAUACAAUUUCAGUUUCUUUUUCUUUUGGUAUUUAUGUUGCAUGUAGCAGUGACAUCAUGCCCCUGACUUCCUCAUCCUUCAACACCGUCCACAAAGUAGCCUGGAGCUAGAGAGUGUGGUACAGAAACCUCUCUCUGUUCAUCUAUGCCGCUCCCUUCCCCCAGCCUCUUGCCAGCUUCUGGCUCUGUCUUAUUUUCCCUUUUGAAAAUAAGACCUUGACAACAGUGUUUCUCUUGAAGGACUUGUCUCCAGGCUUUUAGGGGACACUGAUUAGGCUGAGGUAAUUACCACUAUAGCUCUAGAUGCUUGGUCAGUUAGAGGUCAUGGUCAUGCUUGCCUUUGAUAAAUUAUACUUGAUCUCCUCUGCUAUUGAGCUUGAAUCCGUAUCUUGAAGGAAAGAUGCUACAUAUAUAUUCAUAUGUUGUGAUGUAUGUAUAUAUGAUAUGUACCUGUACUUUAUAUGUAAAAAUGUUCAUUUUUAUAUAUAAAUAUAGAGACAUUUUAUAGAGAAGGUGAUGUAUUAUUAUGGAAUAUAUGCCUCUCUAUUCAAGAAAGUGCUUGGUAGAGAAUGAAUCGUAUACCCAACUUUGGGAACGUAAGUACCUAAACUGCUUUACUGGAGACAAGUAUUUCCACAGUGGUAAUUACUUCCUACAGUCUAUGAAGUUCCCUUGCUCUAAGACAAAAUAUCUCUUUUCAUAAAUACCCAUUAGGAUAUACCCAGUUCCUCUAUGGGUGUGAGUCAGGCAUCUUGGAAGGUAUGUUUACUUAUUCAAGGCUGAAAAGAUGGCUCAAGGAGAACAUUCUGUCUCAUUAAUGAACUAUAUAGAAGUCUGAACAAGUAAAUUCAAGUCUCUGAGCCCCUGACUUUGUUACUCAAAAAAGUAGAACCCUCUCUCACUCAACAAGAUUGACGAUUGAGGAGAAAGAGCAUUUAUGGCCGGUAUUUCUGCAGGUGACUUGGAGCAGUGCUGAUUUCACUGCCACCCACAAUAGGCAGAAGGGCUUUAUUCAAAUACAUGAGACUCAUAGAAAACAAGACCCAGCCUGCUGACCAGUCCAGUCUUGUGGCUGGGGAAUUGGAGAAGAUGUUUCAGUACUCAGUCCACUCAUAUUCCUUUGCAGCAGAAGAGGCAAGUCAGCCAUCUGGUUUGGGCUAGUCUUCAGAGUUUGGAGGGCAUAUGGUGUGGAAGCUCAGAGUAAAACCAAAAUAAAAUGGUGACCUUCAGUUCAGCAUACAGUUCUGCCAGAAUGGACUCUGUGGCUCCCUUCAUCUACAGAAUACCUCUAAGGAUGCCUUGAGGGCAUGAGCCACUUUCAUACCUGAAGACCUGCCUACUAUAUCUCAUGAUUCUUUCAAAAUUGGACGGGAAGCGUGAUGUCAAUCAGCAAACAUCUCUAGUGCCAAACCCCUCUGCCUUCCUCAGCCACAAUAUGGUUGUUGCAGGCAGAAUCUACUUGCUGUGUGUGCUCUGUGCUGCUGACAUUAACUAGCUUUUCCUUUUCCCUCUUUCUGUUCUUGGAAAACCACCUGGAAGACCAUUCUUCUCCCUCUAGAAGCUAAUGGGAGGAAUUUUGCUAAGUGAAGACAUCAUUCCUAAUUUAUAGGACUUGAAAGAACAUUACCUGAUUCCCAGUGUCACAUCAAACAAAUGCCUUGACCUUAAACCUUAGUGGACUUUUUCCUGCAUGAAUAUUUUUAUUUAUAAUUUUAGUUGCUGCCUAGGUAUUAAGACCAGCUCCAGGAUUCAUGCUUGGAAAUAAUCCUUCCUCCAUUGGAUGGAUUUUAAAUGUGAGGCUCCAAACUGAAAAGUGUCUGUUGACAGAAUGGCAUAAUUUUUCUCCUCCCACACCAGUCUUCCCUCACGUUUGCUCUGUUUGAAACCUAAAAUAUUUUUCUCCAACAGUUGGAAAACUCCACCUGAGCCUCUCCGUCAAGUUCUGCUUUUCCUGCCCCUUCCAGUCUACCCUGGAGAUUAAGAUUCUGCAAUUAGAAAUUGGCUGAACAAUUUGGUUGGUGAUGUAGGAAGCAGAUGGAGCCAAGGACAGGAUAGAAUCCAACUCUGUCCUCUGUUCCAGGGUUGUGUUGGAAGGGCUAACCAGCAGAGAACCUGAGUAUGACAGCUGAUUGUCAGUUUGAUUCAAGGAAAGUGCAGUAACUUGAGUCUGGAGCAGCCACUUCUCUACAGGUUUUCGUUCCAUGAUCACCACCUUUGAAAAUGUAGGAAAAGUUGUCCAAGAGUAGUGCUGAGAAAUAGUGCAUGUUUAAACACUCAAGAGUAAACAGAGAGUUUGAUGAUGUCCAUUAGAGAAAUAUGUUUAUUUUGUCUCUAUAAAUAGUACUAGGAAGUCAAAAUGGAAUUACUGGAUGAAUAUCCGCUUACUUGUGGUGAAGGAAAGAAUAUAAAAAGCUUUUCCUCAAAUUAUAAAACUGCUAGGACAGAGUUCCUUGGAAGGGGGUGAGACCCUAGGUCUAAUCCUUGGCAAUCACAUAACCUCUUUCAAUAUGUGGCACUGGUCCAAGAACAAGUACCUUGUGAUGUGGGCCAACUAGAAAACUACAUCCCCAAAGGCUUAUAUUUCUGCUUUCUUAGAGUUAAGUCUGCCUAUGGGUGCAAUUAAUUGAGCAUAGGCUUCCAAGAACUCUAGGACAAAAUGACAAGUAGCUACAGUAUUCACUCCUGCCCGAUAUACACUCUUGUCUGUUUCCUGUCUGAGGAAGCUGCAUCAGGGUUUUGGUGAGACCUGGCCAUCCAUUGAUGAAGUGGCCCUGCUCUGUUCUGGCCCAUACUUGUAAAAGGGUAUGACCAUCCUAGGGCCAUCUCCUAGGACCUUUCCCCUCUUCUUCCCCAGUGCCCCUAAACAUCCACCAUGAAUCAUGAGACGCAGUCAGAUGGAAAGGACUCCGCACACAUUUCACUUCUGAGGGACAGCAAAGUCCUCUUCUGCUAUCAUUGAGAGAGAGGCCUGCUAGUUCAGGUCCUCUGUUUACUAACUGCUCUUCCACACCAGUCCACUAGAUGUCCUCAUAGAUCUACUGCCUAAAUCCAAAAAAACCCACUGCCAUCUAUUACCAUUGAAAUCCCAGAAAACUCCCUUUUCUGAGGCUUGGGAUUUGGGAAGGGAGCAUUGGGUGACUACAUAAAAAAGAAAAACAGGAAACACAAAAGGAACGAGGGAUAAAGAAUCUUCCUUCUGUUUUAAGUGAAUACAGAAACUUUCAAAGCUGCUCUUUGAAACCUAACUUCCGGAUAUCUGAAAUUAACCUUCUGACCUACCUCAAUUCUAGAAAAGGAAACAAUCACUGACAAAAGGAAAUAAAAUAUGAAUGGUUUAGAAUAUCCAUGAUUCACUAAAACAAAACUGAUGGAUUAGGAAGCUAGAGAGAAAGUUGACAGAGAAGGGUGGUAGUGCCCAUGGGAGGUCCGUGGCCUCAUUUUGAUGCAAUUUUAUUUUACAAUUUAAGAGUAUGAUUUUACACACAGAGUGCCUACAUCUUCUGGAACAUUUACCACCAGGGAGGCACAUUCUCACCAGUUUUCAGUUAAAGAGCUUGCCCGAGACUUGUCCUAAUGCCCGGGAGGAAAGUUCUGCCUGACUGGUAUAAACAUCUUUGAAGUCCUACGGACCCUGCAGAACUGAGGUCAGAGUUGGCCUUAACAUUUAAAAGAGUGGACCCAGAUUUUAUUAUAGGUCAAGACCCUGGACAGGGAGUCAACGAAAAUGGACUAUUUCCAGGAGUUGAACAAGGGAGCCACCCCCUGCUUGGUAACACCUUGGUCUAGCCAUUGUGAUUCAGACAGGUUUGUCAAUGUGUGGGCAAUCAAUCAUUUUUACCUGUUUCUGUCUUGUCUUUGGGCCUCUCAUUGAUCAUUCUUGCUGAUUUUCUGUGGCGGUGCUUGUUUGUCUUCUGAGAUUUCUAUAUUGUAUUUGGUGUGAGUGUAAAACCGACUAGGAAGGAAUGACAAGUAAUAGCAUGUUGUUCUUUUUAUGCAUACGCUGCUUUGGAAUGUGACUGCUUAUAAUUAACAGUGAAUCUUCUUAUUGCAGAUAGUUUUCUGCUGCUUCAGUGACCAGUUUUAGCCUGCUCCUGCAUGCUAACGAGAUGACAUUUUAAAACAAUGCACGGGCUCCAGAGCAGCCCACAGUUGCCAACAGUCCCUGAGAGGCACUGCUUUGAGGUUGUGUUUCCUCCUGAGCCCUUAGCAAGUAGGAGGUUUAAGCUGCCCAUGAUGAUGGGUUUGCCUCUGACAAAACAGGUUGAAUAGUUAUUCUGCCCCCAUCACCCUCCCCUUGUCCUUAAAGAUGAUAUGUAUGUU